UUUACAUAUAUCAUCAUGGCUCCAGCAGCAACAACAGCAUCUGCAGAUUCUGUAAAGCCUAGAGAUGUUUGUAUUGUGGGUGUUGCGCGUACACCAAUGGGUGGAUUUCUUGGUUCUCUUUCAUCUUUACCAGCCACUAAGCUCGGAUCUAUAGCUAUUGGCAGUGCUCUUAAAAGGGCUCAUGUUGAUCCGUCACUUGUCCAAGAAGUUUUCUUUGGGAACGUCCUCAGUGCCAAUUUGGGGCAGGCUCCGGCUAGGCAAGCGGCAUUAGGUGCAGGAAUACCUAAUUCAGUGGUUUGUACCACCAUUAACAAAGUUUGUGCAUCAGGGAUGAAAGCAACUAUGCUUGCAGCACAGAGUAUCCAGUUGGGCAUCAAUGAUGUUGUUGUAGCUGGCGGCAUGGAAAGCAUGUCCAAUGUCCCUAAAUACCUAGCGGAAGCAAGGAAGGGAUCUCGACUUGGACAUGAUUCUCUUGUUGAUGGUAUGUUGAAAGAUGGAUUGUGGGAUGUUUAUAACGAUUAUGGAAUGGGAGUUUGUGCUGAAUUAUGUGCAGAACAACAUAAAGUAACAAGAGAAGAGCAGGAUGAUUAUGCCGUUCAGUAGUGGGUCCACCAGCAU